CUACUUUCGAACAGUUUUGUGGAAAUUGGUAUACCAAAGGUGCGAAUGAGUCUGGAAAGUAAACAUCGACAAUAGCUUUGUUUAUAUCAUUCCUCUUAAAUUGCGAUAGUAAUUCUGCAUUUAAAUUGACGAAAUAACUAAUCACAGUGAAUGUUUCUAGUGUUAAGAUAAAAUAAAGCUUUUAAGAGUCGCAAAACGCCAUUGCAUUAGAACUCGCCAUUGGCUAACUUUGCGUGCGGGGGUACUGUUUUCGUGAAGUAACAAAACAACACAGUGCAGCCAUGCCUUUAACGGCGGAACAAGCAAUGUUGCAAGUGCAGGAAAGGCUCAAAUCACUCAAAACACUAGUCUGCGAAAUAGAAACGGAGCGCAAACGUAACGAAACCAACAUCAACAACGUGAUGCGCUUAACCAAGAUGUCGAGCGAGGACAAAUCACCGGCCCUGAACCACAAGCUCAAAACGCUGUACAAAGUAGGCCUACAGGAUGCGAUACAGGAGGAAGCACUGAUACGGCAGGCGCUGGCAAAGAUUCAGGACAUCAGAAACAUACGCAACGAACGCCGCAUCCAGGCACGCAAUGCCGGCAACAAGGAGACCAUUCGCCGCGGUGCUUUGAUGAAGAUGUUGCAGAUCUCCGCCCAAACAUUGCCGCUGUUCGUCAGCAAGCCGGGCGAAAAGAUACCUCACCUGUGCGGAUCGAUCCCGGCGGACAGCAGCUACAUUGCCAAGCCGGGCGACAUGGUAGCGGCGCUGGUGAAGAGCGAGGAGGGCGAAGAGAACUGGAUAUUGGCCGAGGUGGUGCAGUACGUGUCCUCCACCAGCAAGUACGAGGUGGACGACAUCGACGAGGAGCAGAAAGAUCGCCACGUGCUGAGUCGUCGCCGGAUCGUGCCACUGCCGCUGAUGCGAGCCAACCCGGAGACCGAUGGACAGGCGCUGUUCCCCAAGGGUACCACCGUCAUGGCGCUCUACCCGCAGACGACCUGCUUCUACAAAGCCAUCAUUAAUCAGCUGCCCCAGACGGCAAACGAGGAGUACGAGGUGCUGUUCGAGGAUCCAACAUACCCGGACGGGUACUCGCCGCCUCUGUUUGUCGCGCAGCGGUACGUGAUUGCGAUCAAGCAGAACAAGAAAACCACCUCUUGACAACCGCAACAGCAGCAAGCGGUGCAAGCGCAGCCAGUCGUUUCACACGGCCCAGUCCCUGCGGCUUCCUGUCCAAAUUUCGUUUUCGGAAAUUAUACAGCUGCCACCACCAACUGUAAUCAGGCGAGAGCGGGAGGCACUGCCAACACCAUGACGACGGUGUCGGCCAAUACGAAGCAAGAGUGUGUGGCGGAGAAAAUGUUCGAAGACGCACCCUUUUAGACCCAUUCUCAUUCGUUCAUGCUACUGCUGCUUACUAUUUAUGCAUUGAAGAUAAAAUAAUAAAACGAAAAUGCACCAUA